AUGGUCAUUAAACGAAUUGUUCUCCAGAACCUGGGUAUCAACCCGGCCAACAUCGGCUUCAGUACGUUGACCAUGGAAUCGGACAAAUUCAUCUGCAUACGAGAGAAAGUGGGAGAGCAGGCUCAGGUGGUCAUCAUUGAUAUGAACGACUCGAACAAUCCGAUCCGCCGGCCAAUUUCGGCCGAUAGCGCCAUCAUGAACCCUGCUAGCAAAGUGAUUGCCCUCAAAGAUGCUGGGAAGACCCUUCAGAUUUUUAACAUUGAGAUGAAGAGCAAAAUGAAGGCGCACACCAUGACGGAUGAUGUCACCUUCUGGAAGUGGAUUUCCCUGAACACCGUGGCGCUGGUGACCGACAACGCUGUUUACCACUGGAGCAUGGAAGGAGAGUCUCAGCCGGUCAAAAUGUUUGAUCGUCAUUCCAGUCUUGCAGGUUGCCAGAUUAUCAAUUACCGUACCGAUGCCAAGCAGAAAUGGUUGCUUCUGACUGGGAUUUCUGCGCAGCAAAACCGUGUUGUUGGAGCAAUGCAACUUUAUUCUGUGGAUAGGAAAGUGUCGCAGCCCAUCGAAGGCCACGCUGCCAGUUUCGCCCAAUUCAAGAUGGAAGGCAAUACGGAAGAAUCCACUCUGUUCUGCUUCGCAGUCCGGGGGCAAGCCGGGGGCAAGUUGCAUAUUAUUGAGGUCGGGGCACCUCCCACCGGAAACCAGCCAUUCCCUAAGAAAGCUGUGGACGUCUUCUUCCCACCGGAAGCCCAGAACGACUUCCCAGUAGCAAUGCAGAUUAGCGAGAAGCACGAUGUGGUCUUCCUGAUCACAAAAUACGGUUACAUCCAUCUGUACGACCUUGAAACAGGCACCUGCAUCUACAUGAACAGAAUCAGUGGGGAAACUAUCUUUGUCACUGCGCCACACGAAGCCACGGCUGGAAUCAUUGGGGUCAACAGGAAAGGACAGGUGCUUUCAGUGUGCGUAGAGGAAGAAAACAUCAUCCCGUACAUUACCAAUGUGCUGCAGAAUCCCGACCUGGCCCUCCGAAUGGCCGUCCGGAACAACCUCGCUGGGGCCGAAGAGCUCUUUGCCCGAAAAUUCAACACCCUUUUCGCCCAAGGGAGCUACUCGGAAGCAGCCAAAGUAGCAGCAAACGCCCCGAAGGGAAUAUUGCGCACUCCAGACACCAUCCGCCGAUUCCAAAGUGUCCCAGCACAAGCAGGACAAACUUCCCCUCUGCUUCAAUAUUUUGGAAUUCUGCUGGAUCAAGGGCAGCUGAACAAGUAUGAGUCCCUGGAACUCUGCCGGCCGGUCCUCCAGCAAGGACGCAAGCAGCUCCUGGAGAAAUGGUUGAAAGAAGACAAA